AUGACGCUUAGUUGUGAUGAGACAUUUUCUUUACGUUCUCGUCUACGCAUUUUGCUCAAACAAACCGAGACUUAUGCUUUCAUAAUCCCAAGAAAACUAGGUAUAACCAAACCAGGCAUCAACGCAAAUCUUGUUCAUUUAGUCAAAAACCUUUAUGCUCAAAAUCAGACUUCACAAAGGGAACAUAACAAAGUCAAGACAAGAGGAUAUGCUUUGACAUUCAUGACAGCCUCUCUUUCCAACUGA